AGACCAGAACCGGAGAGUGACGCUUGCCGCGCUGGGAAGGAAAAUUGAGGUUCGACUCGGGCGGGGACGAGAAGCAGCUUUCGGGCACACGAGGACGGCGGCCGGCGCGGGCGGGCGCGGCCUUUGUCUCCUCCUCCCGCGCGCUCAGCGGCGGCACCCUGCUCAUGAGCCCUCCGGGCCGCUCGCAGCCCCUGACCUGACCUGUCCUCGCCAUGACCGAGACCACCUCUGGCUCUGGGGGUACAUCCCUGGAGGGCGAGCGUGGCAAUAGGCCCCCGCCGGAAGGCGAGCCUGCAGCCCCGGCAUCCGGAGUUCUGGGUAUGUGUGCGGCGGCUGGACCUGACAGGGUUGCAGGUGCCUGGGGUACCCACGUCGACAGGACGGGGAGGAAGGUUGGGGUCAAAUGUCCCUGGCUUGGUGUCCCGCUGAGGGGCCGGCUCCAACUGGCAAUGCGGCUGCGGCGGGGCGGGCGGGGCCGGGACAGUGCAGCGGGUGGGGGUCCCAGUGCUGAGAUGAGGACACGCCCCUCAGAGAGCCUCAGCUUGGGGUUGCGCCCCCUCACCCUGAGGCUGCAGGAUAGUGGCGGGGCAGGGAUGCGUUUGAGAGAGCCUCUCCUCGGAGGAUACAGAAUUACAUGGUCCUGGGUUCAAAUCCCAGCUCGACUGUGUGACCUUGGGUGCGUGACUUCAAACCGCUCUGGGCCUGUUUCUUCACCUGUGCAAUGGGGGUAAGAACCGCACCCAGUUCAUGGGGCUGCUGUAGGGACUUGCUGUCAUAAUGUGGUGAGGUGCUCAAGGCUGCUAGUGAGCGCCCCAUCUAUUGUGGUUUUGGAGGCGGAGCUGGGCCUCAAGAAUGAGUAAGAUUUGUAAGAGGGGACCUGGGGGAGGGCAUUCCUGGAGGAGGGUUCAACUAGUGCUAGGAUGUGCAGGGAGGAAAACAACCGAAGGCCAGAUUUCUAAGGGCCUUGAAUACCAGGCAGAAUGCUGAGGAACCCUGGCUGGGCCUGGGAAAACCAAAACUGGAGGCAGGGGUCAGGUCCCAGAGUGGCCUGACCCAGGCCUGCCACGCCGCCCCCAGAUAAGCUUUUCGGGAAGCGGCUCCUGCAAGCGGGUCGCUACCUGGUGUCCCACAAGGCAUGGAUGAAGACGGUGCCUACAGAGAACUGCGACGUGCUGAUGACCUUCCCAGCCUACUCCGAGGGGCCGAUGAGCUGAGUCUACGCAAGGCAGUGAAGGCCGAGUUCGGCGGGGGCACCCGCGGCUUCUCCUGUGAGGAAGACUUCAUCUAUGAGAAUGUGGAGAGUGAGCUGCGCUUCUUCACCUCCCAGGAACGACAAAGCAUCAUCCGCUUCUGGCUGCAGAACCUGCGAGCCAAGCAGGGCGAGGCGCUCCACAACGUGCGCUUUUUGGAGGAUCAGCCAAUAAUCCCCGAGCUGGUGGCCCGUGGGAUCAUCCAGCAAGUGUUCCCAGUACAUGAGCAGCGCAUCCUGAACCGCCUCAUGAAGUCAUGGGUGCAGGCCGUGUGUGAAAACCAGCCUCUAGAUGAUAUCUGUGACUACUUUGGUGUGAAGAUUGCUAUGUACUUUGCCUGGCUGGGCUUCUACACAUCGGCAAUGGUGUACCCAGCUGUCUUUGGCUCCGUCCUAUACACAUUCACGGAGGCUGAUCAGACAAGCCGGGAUGUGUCCUGUGUGGUCUUUGCACUCUUCAAUGUGAUCUGGUCAACGCUGUUCUUAGAGGAAUGGAAGCGGAGAGGUGCUGAGCUAGCCUAUAAGUGGGGGACACUGGACUCACCCGGGGAAGCCAUGGAGGAGCCACGCCCCCAAUUCAGGGGAGUGCGACGCAUCAGCCCUGUGACACGAGCUGAGGAAUUCUACUAUCCACCUUGGAAGCGGCUACUCUUCCAGCUGCUAGUCAGCCUCCCCCUGUGUCUGGCAAGCCUCGUCUGUGUCUUCUUGCUCAUGCUCGGCUGCUUCCAGCUGCAGGAGCUGGUGCUGAGUGUGAAGGGGCUGCCCCGCCUGGCCCGCUUCCUGCCCAAGGUGGUGCUAGCCCUGCUCGUCAGUGUGAGUGCCGAGGGCUACAAGAAGCUCGCUGUGUGGCUCAACGACAUGGAGAAUUACCGUCUUGAAAGCGCCUAUGAGAAGCACCUCAUCAUCAAGGUUGUCCUGUUCCAAUUUGUCAACUCUUACCUGAGCCUCUUCUACAUCGGCUUCUACCUCAAGGAUAUGGAGCGCCUGAAAGAGAUGCUGGCUACACUGCUGAUCACCCGCCAGUUCCUCCAGAAUGUGCGUGAGGUCAUGCAGCCCCACCUAUACAGGCGGCUGGGCCGUGGCGAGCUUGGCCUACGUGCCAUCUGGGAGCUAGCCUGUGCCCUGCUUGGCCUGCUGAGCCUCCGGCGCCCUGCCCCCCGCCACCUCGAACCCCAGGCUGAGGAAGGUGAUGGUAGCAGCUGUGGAGGGGGCCGCAGGUGUCUCAGCGGGGGCUGCGGGGCGCCAGAAGAGGAGGAAGAGGAGGCGGCAAUGGUGGAAAGGAGGCCUACAGGAGAAGGUGGGGAGGGGGGGGAUGGGCCUAGGGGGUGCACAGAGGAAGAAGAUGAGGAAGAAGAUGAUGAAGAGGAAGAGGAGGAUGAAGAGGAAGUUGAAGAAGGCAGCCUUCUGGACUGUGGUCUCCGGCUAAAGAAGGUCAGCUUUGCUGAGCGGGGUGCUAGGCAGCGCCGGCCUGGUCCAAGCCCAGAGGCCCUCUUGGAGGAGGGGAGCCCCACCAUGGUAGAGAAAGGGCUGGAGCCUGGUGUGUUCACGCUGGCUGAGGAAGAUGAUGAGGUGGAGGGUGAUCCCAGCAUCCGUGAGCAGGACCCCCCAGCCAUCCUACUCCGUCGGGCAGGAGGUGAGGGCCGAGACCAGGGGCCUGAUGGUGGCCCAGACCCAGAGCCCAGUUCCAGCAACAACUCCACGUGGAAGCAGAGGCGGCAGAACCGGUCCUCUUGGAUUGACCCUCCUGAGGAGGAACACUCACCCCAGCUCACACAGGCAGAGCUGGAGAGCUGUAUGAAGAAAUACGAGGACACGUUCCAGGACUAUCAGGAGAUGUUUGUGCAGUUUGGCUACGUUGUGCUUUUCUCCUCUGCCUUCCCUCUGGCUGCACUGUGUGCUCUGGUCAACAACCUCAUUGAGAUUCGCAGUGACGCCUUCAAGCUGUGCACAGGGCUACAACGGCCCUUCGGCCAGCGUGUGGAGAGCAUUGGCCAGUGGCAGAAGGUGAUGGAGGCCAUGGGCAUCCUGGCAAUCGUGGUCAACUGCUACUUAAUCGGCCAGUGUGGACAGCUACAGCGCCUGUUCCCCUGGCUGAGCCCAGAGGCAGCCAUCGUGUCCGUGGUGGUGCUCGAGCACUUUGCUCUGCUCCUUAAGUACCUCAUCCAUGUGGCCAUCCCUGAUAUCCCGGGCUGGGUGGCUGAGGAGAUGGCCAAGCUGGAGUACCAGCGCCGUGAGGCCUUCAAGAGACACGAGCGCCAGGCCCAGCACCGCUACCAGCAACAGCAGCGGCGGCGGCGGGAGGAAGAGGAGCGCCAGCGCCACGCAGAACACCAUGCCCGACGGGAACGCGAUGCCAGUGACCGGGAUGAGGCGAGAGCCGAGGGCUCUGGGCUAGACCCCACUGCCUCUGAGAAGGCCUCUGCCAAGGCCAAGGGCGGUGGGGCAGGCAGCCAUGGGCCCGAGAGGCCCAAGCGCCCAGGGUCCCUAUUGGCACCCAACAACGUCAUGAAGCUGAAGCAGAUCAUCCCACUGCAGGGCAAGUUUCUGUCUUCAGGGGCUGCAUCCUCAGUGACUGCCGCAGGGUCCAGCACCACUGCCCGGCUGCCUCCUGCCCAGUCACCCACAGGCAGCGACACCCGCCUGCCAGCCUUCCUCAGCUUCAAGUUCCUCAAAUCUCCAGAGACACGGCGGGACUCUGAGCGCAGCCACUCGCCACCCAAGGCCUUCCACGCCGGCAAGCUCUUCCCCUUUGGUGGGGCCCGGGCUGAAGCCGGGUCCAACGGGGCAGGUGGGCAGGCCCGGCCAGACGGGACCCCCAGUGGUGGCAGCAGCCGAGCCCAGAGGAGUGGGUCGGUGGAUGAGGCCAUGGCUGAGGAGCUGGAAGCCGCCCGGCCGGAAGAGGAAGGCUCAGGGACCUCGCUGGCCCCCAUGGGCGCCCCUGCCCUCCACACCCGCUGCAGCCAGAGCCCUGCUCCACCGCCGCCAAUGCUGCUGCCUCGGCCCCCGACACCACCUGCUAGCUGCUGGCAGUGGGAUGGGCCAUGGGGCUGUGGGGGUGAGGGCACUGCGCCUCGCCAGGCCCUGGCCACCGAGUGUCCACCCUGUGCCCUGACUGGGCCCCCACCGGUCCUUCAGCCCCUGCCAGGGGACGUCAGCUUCUACAGUCUCCAGCCCCCAGUGGCCACCUCUGAUUUCCCUGAGCCCCAGGCACCUACCCCCAGCCCCAGCCCCAGCCCCCAGGCCGUGUGUUGGCCCAGCAGCUGGCAUUAGCUCCACUCUCCCUGCCUUUUCUCAUAUGCAAUAUCAGUCAUUCACAGGGGUGGUCGGCCCAGAAAAUGCAAAAUGCGCUUGGGCCCCUGAUGGCCCCCAGUAUUGGCUGGUGCCACCCCAUCUGCCGUUAACCUUGCUACCAGUAUGGGGUAAAUGAAAGGAAACCCACAAACCCAACAGAAAACACACAUACAGAAUAGGCAAUUAUUUAUUUGUUUUUAAUUUAUUUUGUCAUAUUUUUGUAAAACGGCAGAAAUGCAAUAAAAAAUAUAUUUCAACAGU